AUGUGUUCUGGGUCCCACAGGUAUGGACUCCCUGUGGGGCAGCCAGUUCCCCUCCCAGACCCUGAUGCUCCAGCUAUUCCCUCACCAAGCUUCCAGACUGUGGACAACCCCAGCACCUCCCACACCCUGGAAAGGACUGUGGGGACAUCUGUCCAGCUGCAGCUGACCUCCUCCUUGUACCCGAAUGUCCGAGAGAUUGAGUGGAGUUGGCAUUCUGAGCCUGAGAAAGAAGAGAUCCUGGUGUCCUGGAAACCUAAUGCCACUCCUGACUGGUAUGAGCUGGAGGAAAAAUACAGGAGCAGCUUCUCUCUGACAGAGACGGCAGUUUUGAGCAUUAGGAAUCUCACCACGGAAAUGAGUGGAUCAUAUACAGCAAAGGUCAAAUUCCACACAGGAAAAUCCCAGAAGGAAGUCUUUAAACUCUGUGUAUAUGAGCCCAUCCCCCACCCCCAGAUUGUGAUUCAUUCAUCCUCCAACCAGGCAGGCUGGUGCAAUGUCAGUCUGGAGUGUGGGACCCCAGGAGCCACAGAGAUCUGGACAGUGACCUGGCUGAGUGAGGGGCUCCCCAGGGAGCUGGAGGAGAGAGAGGCUCUGGGGCCAGUCCCCAGCUCCAGGAAUCUAAGCCUGAGCCUGCCCCUGAGCCAGCUGAAUGGCCCCCUCACCUGUAGGGUCAGCAACCCCGUGGACGAGAAGAAUGCAACCUUACUCCUGCAGAACAUCUGUCUGUGGACGGGUUCUCAGAGCAAGUGGCUUUGGACAGGCGUCUUGUUCACAGUUCUGAUGCUGGGCCUGGUCUGCGGAGUGUGCAUCUGGGUGAGGAAGAAGAUACAGUCCAGGAGGGGGAGGUCCGCUCUGCUGCCCACAGAGCUGGGCUCAGCAGUGGUUCCCCAGGCCCUGCCCACAGAGGAACCUGCUGGCAUGCGGACUGCAGGGGCCCACAGCCACAGUCCUCCUGACGUGGAGAUCAGCCUCCUGAGACACCCCAAGAACGACACGGAGAGGGGCAGCUGCCACCCUCCUAAGCCUGAGUGCAGCCCAACCGUCUACACUGUCUACGAGAAGGUCGGGAUGAGCUGAACGUCCCAGAAGGACACCUAGGCUAAUGAAGACAUCGGGGUAUGAGGGGGCCUUGGCAAGACCUGCCCCACCCUACGCUCCACCCAGGGUCCCAGAAAUCCCUCCUUAGGCAGAGCUAGGACAAGGCCCCAUGUCUUCCUGAUGUGCUCCCCCACCCCAAGAUGGCAGAGCAGCACCACGUGCCCCAGGGCUCCUCACCAAGGUCUUCUCACCUCACGGGUGGUGAGCUUUGACCACGUCGCUUGAGCAUCCGGCACAAUUCUUGGGCGGGCGGUCAGGUUUCUGACCUGGGACCCCCUGACCCCCGUGAGGGAACGCCUGUAGUCAGCCAGGACCCGAGGACGCAUCUCUGGGAACAGACAUGCUUUCCCAGAAUUGGGCGGGCCUUGGAUGGAGGAUUUCCAGGAUGUCACUGCCCAGCCCACCCCCACGAACAGAAGAGGGAUGGCCUGGACUGUAGAAAAGCAAGAGCUGCUCAGAUAAAGUUCAAGGUCAGCUUCAGCACGGAGGGAGGGGCAGAAAGGAAGGAAAUAACUUUUGAGCUCCAUCACCUGCAGGCUUAUAGUAAGCACCAGAAAUGCACUAGCUCCAGAUCUCUCAAAAUUCAAGCAAUUUAUCAACCCUGUUAAAAAAAUUACCUAAUGUACAUAAAUUGGAAGAAAGUCAAAGGCACGUCUCCUUGAAUUUAUAUUUCAUCAGUUGCAAAUGGGAUCCUGUUCCUGUUGUACCUCCUAAUUAGUUGUUACAAUAAUGCACACACAACACGUAUUGCCACACCGCUAAGUUUCUCUACUGUUUGAAAUAGUUUUUCGUUCGAUCCCUUCGAAUUUCUGGGCAAAGAACCAUAUUAAUGACAAAUAAUUAGAAUUUUUCCUUCUUUCUUUCCGAUUUUUAUGCUUUAUUCCUCUCCUGUGUCUUGAUGCUGGUGAACACCCCCCAGUGUUUAAUAAGAGUGAUUCCGAAGCUCAUCCUUUUGUUCCGAACUUAUUGCAAGAGGUUCAAGGGUGUCCCUGUUAAGCAUGAUGUUUAUUGUAAGGCAUUUAAGGCAUGUCUAAAAAGUAUGUUCUUAGUGCUACUUUAUCAAGAAUUUUGCCAUGAAGAAAAUGUUAGAGUUUAUUCUUUCCUUUUUAUCAUCCAUGAUGAUGUUAUCCGGUUUUCCCGUUUUUCCUCUGUGAAUAAUACAUUAAUAGAUUUCCUCCUAUUGAACUGUUCUUAUGCUACUGGAAUACAUCCCAGUUGCUGUAUUAUUUUCUUAAUGUGCUACUGUCUGAUAAUAUUU